AUGUGCCUUGUAGUUGCAUCGAAUGGCAUGAAUGUGGUGAAGGAUCAUCUCUCUUGCGCUCUCCUUCCCUUGCCCAUCCCAAUCCAACUUACCUUACUUGACCAAUCCCAUUUCUGCAAACUGCACCUUGUCCUCACCUCUCCCGACACUUAUACUCCCAAUUCUCACAGUCAUGAGCCGCUAUCGCCCUUCCGUCUUCUCACUGACUCCAACCCAUCCCUAGUCCCCUUUCUCCUUCCUUACUUUCCUUCGUCCUCCCUCUUCUACCAUACAUCCCUUAUCAACAUUCACACAUGCACACACACCCUCGAUAAUCUUUUUGAGGAGGGAGAAGAUGGUAAGGAGGUAGGGAAAGAAGGUGGGGACGUACAUCUCACCAUCGAAAAGGUUUAUCCCUCGUAG